AUGACGGACAAUCAACCACCACCAGUGCCGGGAUCAAGGGCUUUUUCGUUCCAACAAGCGCUGGCCCAAAUCCUCCAGCAACAGCAACAACUGUUUUCAAAGUUGUCCGAACAGCUGGAUGCCACUCAGCGCUGUUUUAAGGAAUUGUCCCGUGAUGAUGUUGCCCUAGAAUCACUAGCGAGUAACAUCACAGAGUUCAACUACGAUCCAGACCAGGGUUGUACCUUCGACGCCUGGUUCUGCCGUUACUCCGAGCUGUUCGACAAAGAUGCAGCGAAACUCGACGACGCUGCAAAAGUGCGGCUUUUAAUGAGGAAGCUAAGCCCCGCCGCGCAUGAGCGGUACACUUCGUUCGUCCUUCCAAAACUGUCGAAGGAGUUCAGCUUUGCGGAAACCACCGAAACGCUGAAAAAGCUAUUCGGAUCUCCUGUCUCCGUAUUUCAUCGGCGAUUCCAGUGCCUUCAAACGGCAAAAGAAGAUUCGGAGGACAUUUUGGCGUAUUCCUGUAAAGUGAACAGAAUGUGUGUGGAUUUUAAGUUAUCAGACAUCUCUGAAGAACAUUUUAAAUGUCUGAUAUUUGUUUGUGGACUCAAAUCGCCCAAAGACACUGACAUCCGGAUGCGCUUAAUAAAUAAAUUAAACGAAUCUGCUGAUGUGACGUUGGCGAAAAUUGUGGAAGAAAGCCGGAAUCUCAUGAACCUUAAAAGUGAUAAUGUGAUGGUCGAGAAACUCUCACAACCGGCAGUGAACUCAGUGAAUAAAAGUGAUAGCAAGUUUCCGAAACAACACCGAAAGUCAUCCAGUGAUUUCGGAAACAAAACUACCACCGAUCAACCGCGGAGUCCCUGCUGGGCAUGUGGAGGCAUGCACUUCGCGAAGGAGUGCCAUUUUCGGGAUCACCAGUGUCGUGAGUGCGGGAAAAGAGGCCACAGGGAAGGCUACUGUGCCUGCUUUCUCGGGAAAUCGGCUGGAAAACAAAAAAGUGCAAAACACAAGAAGUCAACAAAAGUGGUGUCGAUAAACGCAGUCAACCGCAGUAGGAAAUAUGCGGAGGUGUUGAUUAAUAAUGUCCCAGUUCGGCUGCAGGUCGACUCUGCCUCGGACAUAAGUGUAAUCACCGAGGCAUUGUGGAAGCAGAUCGGCAAACCUGCCGCCCACCCACCAUCAUGCCAGGCGAUAACAGCAUCGGGCGAUCCUUUACCGCUCGCUUCGGAAUUCUGGUGUGAUGUAAACAUAAACGGCACUUCCAAACGAGGUUUAUGUUACGUCGCUUCUCCGAAAGUGAACCUAUCCGUACUGGGCACCGAUUGGAUAGAGAUGUUUGGCUUGUGGGACGUCCCGUUUAACACGUUCUGCAACCAAGUAACCAGCAGCACAGAUCCCUCGUCCAAAAUCGGGGCAGAUUUGCAAUCGAAGUUCUCCGAAGUGUUCACCAGUCGUAUGGGUCUGUGCACCAAGACCAAAGUGCAGUUGUCACUCCGUGGAAAUCCAAAACCAGUGUUCCGUGGUAAACGCCCCGUAUCCUACAGCAUGGAAGGUGUUGUUGAGGAUGAAAUCCAGCGCUUAGUAAAUCUCGGCGUCCUGCAACCGGUCGAUUUUUCGGACUGGGCCGCGCCGAUUGUGGUCGUCCGCAAACCAAACGGUACCGUUCGCAUCUGUGCCGAUUUCUCCACAGGACUCAACAGUGUGCUGGAAGCAAAUCAAAAUCCACUUCCUCUGCCAGAGGAUAUAUUCACCAGCAUGUCCGGUUGUCGAUUUUUCACUCACAUCGACCUCUCGGACGCCUAUCUCCAGGUCCAGGUGGACGAAAAUAGCCAGCAUCUCCUCACCAUAAACACCCACAAAGGUUUGUUCCGCUUCACACGACUGUCUCCGGGUAUCAAAUCUGCCCCGGGAGCAUUCCAGCAGAUAGUCGAUGCCAUGCUAAGCGGACUUCAAUGCACUCGUGGCUACUUGGAUGAUCUUCUGGUUGGAGGAAAAUCGGAGGACGAACUGAACCGGAACGUACACCAGGUUCUAAGCCAACUCCAGGACUACGGUUUCACGGUUCGCAUUGAAAAGUGCCGGUUCAAUAUGCGACAAAUCAAAUAUCUGGGACAGAUCCUCGACACCGAUGGUAUUCGGCCCGACCCGGAUAAGGUUUCCGCCAUUGCAGCAAUGCCAGCACCGCACGACGUACCGACACUCCGCUCAUACCUGGGGGCGGUAAAUUAUUACUCCAAGUACAUCCCCGAAAUGCGCCAGCUGAGAUUUCCCAUGGACCAACUUCUGAAAACAGGAGUCAAGUGGGAGUGGAGUGGCGCGUGUCAACAAGCGUUCGACCGAUUUAAAAAGCUUCUACAAUCGCCGCUCGCUCUCACCCACUACGACCCGAAGCAGGAAAUAAUAGUCUCGGCCGACGCAUCAUCAGUGGGCAUUGGUGCACGAAUCGCUCACCGUUUCCCCGACGGGACUAUCAAAGCUGUUUGUCACGCUUCCCGCAGUUUGACCCCGGCUGAAACCAAUUACAGCCAGAUCGAAAAAGAGGGUCUAGCUUUGAUUUUCGCCGUGACACGUUUUCAUCGAAUGCUGUUUGGGAGGCACUUUACUCUCGAGACGGAUCACAAACCACUGUUGGCCAUCUUCGGAUCCAAAAAAGGAAUCCCUAUCUACACAGCCAACAGACUGCAGAGCUUCGGGCAUGCAGACGUUUUGUCUCGGUUGAUCAACACGCAUAUUCGACCAGACGAAGAGUUUGUUAUUGCGUCAAUUGAGCUGGAGAAGACCAUCCAUUCCGUCGUUCAACAAUCCUUGGAGGUGUUACCGUUAACUUUCAAGGCUAUUCAAGCGGAAACACAAUCCGAUCCGAUACUCAAGCAAGUUCUACGUUUCGUCCAGCAGGGCUGGCCGAAAAGCAAAUCGGAUCUCAGCGACACACAACUCCAGCAAUUCUACUUGCGUCGCGACGGUCUGUCUUCUUCUUCGGGGUGCCUGACAUAUGGAGAAAGAUUAGUUAUUCCAGCGAAAUUCCACAAGAAAAUUCUCCACCAGCUGCACAAAGGCCACCCAGGUGUGGAUCGAAUGCGUUCGAUCUCCAGAAACUACGUGUAUUGGCCUGGUAUCGACGACAGCAUCGCUCAACUUGUUCGCGCCUGCACCGAGUGCGCUAGUGUAGCCAAAACCAACAGAAAAACAACUCUUGAAUCCUGGCCAGCUCCCACCAAACCCUGGCAAAGGAUUCACAUCGACUAUGCUGGGCCAGUCGAUGGUAUGUAUUAUUUGAUUCUCGUCGACGCAUUCAGCAAGUGGCCCGAGGUAGUCCCAACAAAACGGAUCACUACGGCUGAUACUUUAAUCAUCCUCCGUAGUAUUUUCGCCAGAUUUGGCAUGUCGGAAACCCUGGUUAGCGACAACGGUCGGCAAUUGGUCAGCGAAGAAUUCGAGCGAUACUGCGAAGUGAAUGGAAUUUUGCAUCUGAAAACACCACCAUUCCACCCGCAGUCUAACGGACUUGCUGAACGUUUUGUCGACACGUUCAAAAGGACACUGAAGAAAAUUACAGCAGGGGGAGAGGUCCUAGCAGAAGCCAUAGACACUUUUCUUCUUUGUUAUCGCUCCACCCCGUGUCGCGGUGCACCGGAUGGAAAAACGCCAGCUGAAGUUCUUUUGGGUAGGCCAGUGCGCACGUCUCUCGACUUACUCAAACCACCGUCCCAGUACUUUUCGAAAACCACCAAGCAAGAUCAGCAGUUCAAUCGAAAACACGGUGCCAAGGCCAGAAGCUAUGAACGUCAGGACCUGGUCUGGGCAAAAGUCUACGAAAAUAACUCCUGGUGCUGGGAACCGGGUCAAAUUUUAGAACGAGUAGGAAAUGUAAUCUACAACGUAUGGCUCCCACAGAAAUCAAAACUAAUUCGAUCGCACUGCAACCAGAUGAGGCAACGGUGCGAGUCUGCAGAAGAAUCAAUUAAGUCCAAGUCCUCGGCCAGAAUCCCACUAUCUAUUUUACUCGAUUCUUGGGGUUUGUCCGAGUCGAAUUCGGUUCCAGAAGACAACAACGAAAUUCGAACUAACUCUAGUUUAAUACCUGCUCUCGUACAACAGGAAAUGGAAUCAACUACCAGACCACAUCGGAGGCAGCCUCACCCAGCUAAUCCGCUCAUACCUCGCCACUCUUCGAGGACCAGAAGAGCGCCAGUGCGUUAUGAGCCGUAUCACCUGUAUUAA